AUGCCCAGCGCCGACCCGGACUCCGACUCAAACGUCGAAUUUGAAGACGUCCUCUCCCAACCCAGUCAACGCCAAAGCCAAACCCAGCCCCAAAACAACAUAUCUCAUGUCCCAUGGACACCAACUCUUUCUCUUCCAAGGCAAAGAGACCACCCAGCAACCCCCGGCUCAGAAGAAGAAACUCAACUUCGCGGCCGCCUAACCGCCGGCCUAGACCGGAUCACCUACCGCCAAAUGAAAGCCGAAAUGGGCAUCGACACAGACACAGACUUAGCUCCCGCCGAACGCCGCUACAAGAGUUUUGAAGAAUUAGCUUAUGAUAUCAAUACUCUGAUUGACAUGUUAUGGGUCUCGGCGACGCGUAUGUCCAGCCCAGCACAAUUCCCCCACCCAUUACCACCAGUACCAUUGAACACUUCAUCUAACCCAAUCCGAAUAUGGAAUAUAGCAUCAAUCCAAACAGAAGCCCUUCUCACCCUAGCAGGCCUUCUUGAAAAAUCCCUCAAAACAUACCCCUUCGAUCCCUACCCGACUCUAGAAAUCCUUCACAAAUUCGACUCCGUCUUCGUCGCCUUGUGCACAGGGCGCCAUCCGCUUACGAAUGAGGAGAUUCCUGGUGCUCGGGACCACAGGCAGUUCGUGACGCAGACGCAGAAGGUUAGGAUUCGAAGUUUAGCGGAGACGACUAGGAAUACGGUAUUUGGGAUGUUGCCGGAUGAGGAGGAUGAGGAGGAGGAGCAGCCUUGGUUGGAGGAUGUUGCGAGGGUUUAUGAUGGGGUGCUUAUGUUAUUAGAAGGGGAAGGGGAGGGGCUGGGUUGA